AUUAAACUUUCCGGAAGGAGCGGAAGGCUCGGCAGGAGAGCUCGCCGCCGCGCCGAACAAAUGGUUUGCAAGUAAGCGCCGCGCGCCACCCCCGGACUCGAUCUCGUCUUUUGCGGCAGCCGAAGAAGAUCCGGGCACUUCUUCUUACCUGUCGAGAUCGAUCGUCAGAGCCGCGUCCCGGUCCUCGAAAUGCCCUAAGCUUUGGCUGCGACGGCUUGCGCCAAUGCGGUUGCUCGAUUGCUCAAUCGCUCAAUCGCUUUAUUCCUUCCUUCGCUUUCUCGACCGCCCAGUUCUCUCGUACGCAGCGCCGUUUCCUCCCCGGCUUCUUACGUCCCACGGCCGCUGUUCACUACCGCUGCUGUCCACCUCCCAAGAUGUCUUUAUUAGAAGCCCGCGAAGCCCUCAGCUUUCCGCCAGGCAAUUCCGGCAAUCUCACCGAUACCGUGAUCGACAACGUCCACUUCAAUCUCACAACCCUCGAGCACUGGAAUUACACUUACUUCUCGAACGGGACCCUGUCCAACGGCUCGUGGUGUUUUCUUACCUUCCCCCCCUACACGCCCGCCUACGUCUUCCCGAACGGCACCUUCCUCAACGCGACAAAAUGCUGGUCCCCCACCGAGUCCAUCAGGGAGCGCGGCGGCGUUGCCAUUGGUUAUGCCGUUCUGUUCGGCAUCACCCUUAUCCUGACGCUGGUCAACCUCCAUAAACACGGAAGGCUCCACCUCCCGGCAGAGAAGCGCUUCUACCCCAUCGGACGAAGAUGGCAGUGGUACUGGGCCUCCUUCGUGUGCGCCACUGCCAUGGUCAGUCUCUUCGUCUCGAUCGACGUCGACCGCUAUUAUCUCCCCGAGUUGCCAGUCAUCCUCACCACCUUCUUCUGGUAUCUGAUGCAGAUGGGCACUGUCGCCCUUGUCUGGGAAGCUGUGCGGCACUGGGGAAGCUGGAUGGAGCGCCAGUUUAUCGAUCCGGACCCCUUUACUCUGCGGCAGGACGACAGGCGGGCCAGGGUAGAGCUCUACCUGCCGUUGCUCUUCUACCUCUUCCUCUGGCUGAACUUCUUCAUGAUUGUUCCGCGGAAAUGGUCGGCCAUCCAGCAUCAACGCUCCCCCGAACAGACUCUCCUAGAAGCUGCACCGAGCGCUACCGAUUCCCGGUUCAAGGCCGGGGCUUUCAUGCUCGUCGGCUGCUGGUUGGUCACUGUGUUCUCCCUGCGGCACUCGAUUAAAUAUUAUUGCCCUCAGAACCGUGGCAUCUUCAACCGCAUCAUAGGAUUUGUCCGUUACACACCUCUCCGUUUCGCUCUCAUCAUACCCUUAGCCGCCGCUCUCAUCGCCUACCAAAUCCUAGUGGCCUUCCGCUUCGAGUACGGCCCCGUCAAGGUUGGUGGCAACGACGCAGCCAUCUUCGUAGGCGGAUACACCCCUUCCUUCCUCAUCCUCGUGGUGCAAAUCGUGUUUGGGCUCAUCAACCCAAACGAAGACCGAGAGCUGCAGCGCCAGCGCCGCGAACGGAACCAAGUGCUCAACAGAGAAAUGGGCAUUGUUCCUAAACCGUCGUGGUGGCGCCGCGUCAACGGCGAAUAUAUGGAUCCCAACGAGGGCAUGCGCGAACGCCUGAUGCGCAAUGUCCGCGAAGUCCACGGCACCAAGCCGGCCGCGUCAGCCACGGUGAGCGGCGCCGACGCUCAGCAUGAAGGGCUCGGUGUGCCUCUCGACAUGACCCCCAUCUCUUCCCCACCACUCGCAUCCCCCAGGGUGACCCGCCCUCCAAUGCAGCCAUACACCGGAAGAUCGGAGAGAAGACGGGAGGAGCGCACAGCGGAACUUGCCGCCGGCCUUCUCUACCCCAUAGCGGCGCAGAAUUCAGCUGCCACCGCCGCCCGCAGGCGCGAAGAGUUGAUGAAGGACGGCCCACCCCCUUCUUACACCGAAACGGUCAGGGGCGCCCAGCCCACCCCCAAUAGCGCGCCAAAUCAGAUCAGGAGUAUGUUGGAUGUGUGAGACGAAUAAGAGGGUCAUAGAACAGAAGGAACCUCUUUACACAGUCCUCUUUUUUUUAGAAAAAAAAAGGCGGCAUGCCUGCUUCCUGGU